CAUGUACAGCUUAAUCUUCCAGCUCUUCCAUUCGAAGACGAUGAUCUCAUGGGAAGAACGUGGUCAAUCUAUAAUGGCUCAUUUACUGUAUCUGGCUGCGGAUCCGACUUCGGCCCAAUCAACACUCCGGACGCUUACCUGCGAAUCGAGCAUUCAUGCCCACAUCGGUUAGACGGGAGGAAUAAAGCGAUCGAACUGGAUGUGUUGCCCAUAUUCAUGCCCAGAGUUGUAAGUCUGGGAUCGAUCUAUCUAGAUAGAUAUGUAGAUGAUCCAGAUUGA